GACAGGAAGCUGAAGUGAUGUGACGUGGCUGGGGCAAGCCUGCCUGGGGGGCUGACGCCACUAUUUCAGGAGACUCCGGCGGGGAGCACGGCGGCCCCGCGGCAGUUUCUCGCAGGACUCCAGGACUCGGUGGGAGAGACAGGAAUGAGAGUUGGAGAAACAGAGUGAGAAUCGGGUGGAAGAGGGCCAGCGGUUCCAGAGCCCAAAAGGAAUCUCCUCCGGAAUCCAGACUUGGCAGGUCCUCAGGCUUCCAGCUACUGUUCCCUCUUCUGAGACCAGAGCCCCGCCCUCACCAGCAGCAGUUGUGUCCUGGGGACAAAGACAUCCAUCCAGAUUCCCGUUAGGGAGGCCUUACUCCAUGGGCACCCAACUUCUCUUCCGAGGCAUUCUCCUCCUGUUGCUGCCCCGACCUGCCCCAGCCUCCUGCUACACAGCUGCGCGAUCAGAGUGCAAGCAAAACCAUGACCCCGUGCCUGGCGCGUUGCUGGCUGGGGAAGGUGUGGACGUGACCAGCCUCCGCCGCUCCGGCUCCUUCCCCGUGGACACACACAGGUUCCUGCGGCCCGACGGCACCUGCACCCUCUGUAAAAACCCCCUGCAGAAGGGCGCCCUGCAGCGUCUGCCCCUGGCGCUCACCCACUGGCGUGGGCAGGGCUCCAGCUGCAGGCGCCAAGUAGCCAAGGCCAAAAUCAGCUCCACCGAGGAGGUGGCCCGGGAGGCGGCCUCCAGCAUCAACAAUGACUGGCGGGUGGGGCUGGACGUGACUCCCCCCGAGCCCAGCAGCAAGGUGCACAUGUCUGUGGCUGGCUCGCACUCCAAGGCAGCGGACUUCGCAGCCCAAAAGACCCACCAGGACCAGUACAGCUUCAGCACGGACACGGUGGAGUGUCGCCUCUACAGUUUCCAUGUGGUGCACAAACCCCCACUGCACCCUGAUUUCAAGAGGGCACUUGGGGACCUGCCCCCCCACCUCAACACCUCCACCGAGCCUGACUACCUCAGGCUCAUCCACAACUACGGCACCCACUUCAUCCGGUCCGUGGAGCUGGGUGGCCGCGUCUCAGCCCUCACGGCCCUACGCACCUGUGCACUGGCCUUGGAUGGGCUCACGGCCGACGAGGUGGGGGACUGCCUGGCUGUGGAGGCCCAGGUGAGCAUCGGUGGCCAUGCCGAGUCCUCAUCCGAGUUCAAGGCCUGCGAGGAGAAGAAGCAGCGGCACAAGAUGAUAACCUCCUUCCACCAGACCUACCACGAGCGCCACUCCGAGGUCGUCGGCGGCCGCCACGCCUCCUUGCGAGACCUGCUAUUCGGGAACCAGGCUGGGCCUGAGCAGUACUCAGCCUGGGUGGCUUCGCUGAUCAGCAGCCCCGGCCUGGUGGACUACAGCCUGGAGCCCCUGCACUUCCUGGUGGACGGCCAGGACCCGCGGCGGGAGGCGCUGAGGCAGGCCGUGAGCAAGUACCUGAUGGGCAAGGCACGCUGGAGGGACUGCAGCCGGCCCUGCUCGCCUGGGCAACAGAAAAGUCCCCAUGACCCGUGCCAGUGCGUGUGCCACGGCUCAGCAGUCACCAACCAAGACUGCUGUCCACGCCAGAGGGGCCUGGCACGGCUGGAGGUGACCAUUGUCCAAGCGUGGAAUCUGUGGGGAGACUAUGGUAGUGCUACAGACGCCUAUGUGAAGGUCUUCUUUGGUGGCCAGGAGCUGAGGACCGGUACUGUAUGGAACAAUAACAACCCCAGAUGGAUGACUCGGCUGGACUUUGGGGAUGUGCUUCUGACCACAGGGGGUCCCCUGAGGGUGCAGGUUUGGGAUGCAGACAACGGCUGGGAUGAUGACCUCCUUGGCUCCUGUGACCGGUCUCUAAAGUCUGGCUCCCACGAGGGGCAGUGCCACAUGAAUCAUGGUCACCUGCAAUUCCUUUACCAAGCCAGAUGCUUGCCCCACCUGGCUGGGGGAACCUGCCUGGAUUAUGCCCCCCAGGGGCUUCUGGGAGAGCCUCCAGGGAACCGCAGCGGGGCCGUGUGGUGAGGGCUCAGGCUUUAUCAUUGAGGUGGCUGAGUUUACAGGUCAACCCUGAGGCCCCUGGCCCAAAUGUCCCAGCCCUCCGACAUUCCAAGCCUGGCAGUCACUGCUGUACAGACUAUAGCUCCGGCAGGGGUCAGCAGACUGUCCCACGGGCUGCUUAGAGCUCACCUUUCAAAACCCUCCUUGCAGCCAUUUAUUUUUUACUUUUUGGUACUGGUGAUUGAACUCAGGGGCACUUUGCUGCUGAGCUGCAUCCCGAGUCCUUUUUUAUUUUGAGACAGGGUCUUGCAAACUUGCUCAGGGUCUUGCUAAGUUGCCAAGGCUAGCCUCAAACUUGUGAUCCUCCUGCCUCAGCCUCCCAAGUCACUGGGAUUACAAGCGUGCACCACCACACCUUUGCUCUUUGUCUCCCUGCUUUAUCUCUAAGACAAAGCAAGGACAGCCACGACCUAGCUCACUGCACACGUGAGGCCAAUAGAUAGGAUAUAUAUGACGGUGACCGUGGUGGUGGUAUUGUGGCAGAGGAGACAAUGGGGACAAAACCACCUCUAGAGCCAAAAUUCUACAUCAGCAACCCAUACGGAAUGGGGGCAGGCAGGUCAUGUAAACUGCUUUUCUGCUUUUGCUGGAAAUGUGGAGACUCGAAAUAUUUUACUUUCCUUGUAACCCUCUGGCUUGAGAAAAAGCAGCAUGAACUUAGUGAUAAGUGGCCACAGACAUUCAGUUCCCAACUGGAAGAAAACAGGGACGGGUGAGGACAGUGGUGAAUUAGCAAGUGUGGGUCUUAUUUAUUAGUGGGGUGGGGGCGGGGCCGUGCUGCAGCUCUCCUCCAGCCAAACCUUCCAGGUGGAAAUGUGAGCCCAAAACUUCCAGGUCUUCUCAUUUUUUAAAGCAAUCAUAAACUCCAAUUUGAUUGCUAACUGUGGCAAUUCAUCUCACUUUGUACGCUUUGUAAAAAUAAACCUCUGUGGGCAAAUGUG